GUUUCUCUUUGGACUUGCGGACAAGUCAAAGACGACGUUUGAGACUUCAUGGCCGAUAAAAUGGCAUUACCUACUGCUACUUCUUUACCCCUCGCACCUCCCAAGUUUGACCAAAAGAUAAACAAGAGAAGAGAGAACCAUGGGAGAGUUCCUCCCUAUUCUUCCGAUAGCUUCUGUACUCGCGGUCCUGCUGUUCUGUGGGCUGAAGGCGUUCUACUCCCUAUGGUGGAAGCCCAAAGCUCUGGAGAAGCAACUAAGGGAGCAAGGCGUCCGAGGCAAUCCUUACAGGAUCCUCUAUGGGGACACGAAAGAUGAGAUACGAGCCGCGAAGGAAGCAUGGUCCAAGCCUAUCGCUCUCACCCAUCAUAUUGCGCCACGGGUGGCACCGUUCGCUUAUCAGACAGUUCAGAAAUACGGGAAGACAUCUCUGGUGUGGAUUGGAACAACUCCGAGGGUGAUUCUGUGGGACCCACAGACGAUGAGGGAGGUGCUGUUGGAUAAGCUGGGCCAGUUCCAGAAACCACCAUUUAACCCUCUCGUAAGGCUUCUAGCCAGGGGGGUCGCCAGUCUCGAAGGCGAGGAGUGGGCUAAGCGAAGGAGGGUCAUCACCCCGGCCUUUCACCUUGAAAAAUUGAAGGGAAUGGUGCCUGCCUUUCUGAUCAGCUGUGUUGAUUUAAUAAAAAGAUGGCAGAACUUAACUAGCGCUGAGGGAUCUUGUGAGAUAGACGUUUGGCCUGAGUUUCAGAAUCUGACAGGAGACGUGAUCUCUCGAACAGCCUUUGGAAGCAGCUAUGAGGAAGGAACGAAAAUAUUUGAACUGCAAAAGGAGCAAGCUGUCCUGGUCAUAGAAGCUGCCCGAGUCCCCUAUAUACCAGGAUUCAGAUUCCUCCCUACUGCAAAGAAUAAGAGGAGAAUGCACAUAGACAGAGAGAUCAAGACCAUGCUAAGAAAUAUGAUCGAAAAGAAGUUGAAUUCCAUGAAAAUGGGAGGAUCUCUCGGCACCGACUUGCUUGGCUUGUUGCUGCAGUUCAGUAACAAUAAUGAUCAGAAGAACUAUAGUAUUACGAUCGAUGAGGUGAUAGAAGAGUGCAAGCUCUUCUACUUUGCUGGUCAAGAGACAACCUCAGUGUGGCUAACAUGGACGAUGAUUCUCCUGUCCUUUCAUCCAAAUUGGCAACAAAGAGCGAGGGAAGAAGUUCUGAAAAUCUGUGGGAAGAAUACACCUGAUUUUGAGUCAGUAGGACACUUGAAAAUUGUAACCAUGAUACUUUAUGAGGUUUUGAGAUUGUAUCCACCCGCAACCUCUCUCUUUCGACGUGCAAUCAAGGAAACAAAGCUAGGAGAUUUCUCUGUCCCUGCUGGCACCGAUAUCUGGCUACCCACAAUCCUCAUCCACCAUGAUCGAGAAUUUUGGGGCGAAGAUGCCAAUGAGUUCAAUCCAGAGAGAUUUUCAGAAGGGAUUGCAAAGGCAUCAAAAGUUCAAAAUGCAUUCUUUCCUUUUGGAUGGGGACCAAGGAUAUGUUUGGGUCAGAGUUUUGCAACGAUAGAAGCAAAGAUGGCUUUGGCUACUAUUCUCCAACACUUUUCCUUUGAGCUGUCACCUUCCUAUGCUCAUGCUCCUUAUACCGUUAUUACUCUUCAGCCACAAUUUGGAGCUCAUAUCAUCCUUCAUCAACUUUUAUACUAGUAAAGGUUGUUAAAACUUCAGUACAAGUGCUAUGUUUCAAUUAUUUUCUUGGUAUUUGCAGUAAUAUUCUUACUAUAUGAUCUUAUCUAACACCAACAUAUAAUGGUGCUUAAUCUUCAUCAUUAAGGUAAAGGUGGGUCCUUGAAAUGGAUGGACUCAAUCUUUCUUA